AUGAGUAUUCGUCCGGCCGUGAUUGAAAACUGUGGUGGCUAUCGGGAGCCUCAUCCCGACUGCAGUGAUGGGACGCAGGGAGCCACUGGCAACGACAGCGUUCAUGAAAUCGAGACUACGCGCGAGUUCUCCUACAGGCUAAGUACAACCUUUGACUGCGAACUAGACAAGAAGAGGCAAGUGGCGCGUGUAAGAAUUGAGUUGAGACCAAUGGAUCUCCAAAAGACUGAAAUCGCCAGCUGGUAA